GGUUACUCAUCAUUUUAUCUUUUCUAACCUAACUCUACUAGAUAUACACGUGAUUGAUUUGAAACUGUCAUUUUAUUAAAGAAGAAGCGCUUUUUUUAUUGCAAUCAAUUAUUUAACAGAAUCACAAUGGCCAAAUUUUGUCUAAAAAAACCGAGUAAACGAAUGCCUGCUCGAAAGAGGUAUAAAAUUGAAAAGAAGGUUCGAGAACACAAUAGGAAAUUGCGAAAAGAAGCGAAGAAACAUCCAAAAAAAAAGGCAAAGACGAUUCAGGUUCCAAAUCAAUGCCCAUUUAAAGAAGACAUAUUAAAGGAAGUUGAGGCAAUGAAGAAGCAAAGGGAUGAGGAAAAAGAAAAACUGCGGGAGGCAGCUCGUGAGAAGAAACGCGAAGAGCUUGCUAAUGGCUUGCAAGGUCUUGUUUCUAAGGCGGAAGCUAAUCAAGUCCAACAUGAAGCAAUGGCAGUUGAUACUAGUUCGAAUAUCAUAAAAACACUUGUACAAAAAGAAGAGUGUUCGUUGAAAGCAUAUUAUAAAGAGUUUAAGAAAGUAUUGGAUGCAGCUGAUGUAAUUCUUGAAGUGGUAGAUGCUCGCGAUCCUUUGGGAACUCGAUGCAAGCAGGUCGAAGAAGCAGUUCAAGCUGCACAAGGAAAUAAAAGACUAGUCCUUGUUUUAAAUAAAGCAGAUCUUGUUCCCAGGGAAAAUUUAGAUCAAUGGUUAAAGUACUUACGAGGCAGUUUACCAGCAGUGGCAUUCAAAUCAUCCACACAGGAUCAGUCCAAGCGAUUAGGUAGAAGAAAAUUGGGAAAGAAGACUGAAAAAAUGAUUCAGGGUGGAACUUGCUUUGGUGCAGAAUUAUUACUUUCUUUGCUAGGAAACUAUUGCAGAAAUAGUGGAAAUGUUAAAACUAGCAUUCGUGUGGGUGUAGUUGGACUUCCUAAUGUUGGCAAGUCUAGUGUCAUUAACUCUUUGAAAAGAAGUAAAGCUUGUAAUGUGGGAAACACACCAGGAAUAACAAAGUCCAUGCAGGCAGUACAAUUGGAUUCAAAAAUAAAAUUGUUGGAUUCACCAGGAAUUAUCUUUGCAAAUCCAGCAGCUAAUAGUACCGAUGAAUCGAUUGCUUUAAAGAAUGCAGUUAAAUUAGAGACUCUUAAGGAUCCAUUUACUCCAGCAACUGCAAUUUUAAGAAGAAUUUCGAAGGAGCAAAUAAUGGAGCUUUACGAUAUGCACGAUUUUUCAUCGCCAGAGGAAUUUUUUGCCAAAAAAGCUGCAAGAAUGGGAAAAUUUAAGAAAGGUGGAAUUCCUGACAUUCUGGCUGCAGCUCGCGGAGUUUUAGCUGACUGGAAUUCAGGAAAAAUUAGGUAUUACACGGUACCACCGGAAGAAGCGUCAUGUCAGUUAUCGGCGGAAAUCGUUAGCCAAAUGGCAAAAGAGUUUGACAUAAAUAGUUUUGCUGCAGAAGAGAAGAUAAUGCUUGAUGAAGUGGAGACUGCAGCAAACGGUAAUGAUACUGUCGUCAGUCCUGUUGUAAUAGAUAGUGCAGGUCCUGUGGAGGCAAUCAUGGAAAUUGAUGCAAAGAAAGAAGGGGAAUUCAAAAUAGCUGAAAAAAAGAAGAAGCAGAAACUUCGAAAGAAAGAAGCGAAGGCAAAGCAAAAUUUGAAUAAACCAAACAAGAAAAAAGACGAACCCUUGUUCAAACUUGAAGGAAAUCAGAAAUUAAAUAAACUGAAUAAACUUCAGUUUAAAAAGGAAAAGAAGGAACGCGCGAAACGAGAGAAAGAAGCCGGAAAUCUAGCCAACCAACUGAAGGGGUUUAAUAUAGAACAAACCGCAUCAGACGAUUACAACUUUGCAACUGAUUUCUCUCUCACGUGAAAUUAGUUCAGUAUUGUAAUUACAUUUAUACUCUGAUUCAAACUUGUAUCAUAGUGCAGAAUAAAGGAAGAGAUCAAGUUGGA